AACCCGUGCCAGCGAUGGCGUCCGACCGCCUGCGCUCCGAGCCAGGACCGCCCUGACCUGGACUCUCGCGCCGCCGGGGCCAGAGAUGUCCAACAGCACGCAGUGGGCCUCAGCAGCCGAAGCCAACCCGCAGCCACAGCCAGAGCCGGAGCAGCAGCAACAACAGAAGCAGCAGCAGCAGCAGCAGCAGCAGCAGGAGGCGCCCGAAUGCCGAGGCCCCGGCGAGCCGACCGCAGCAGCGCGGACUUCACCGCCUCCGGCAACAGCCGAGUCGCCGGCGGCAGCGCCAUCCGGCGGCGACGACCUCCAACCGCCGCCGACCACGCCCCCGCCGGCGCCGCCGGCAGAACCGGAAGCGGAAGUGACGACGGCGGCGGAGCCGAGGACCACCGAAGCCGAGUCGACGCGGCCCGACGCGUCGGCGAGGCUACAGCCGCCGAGCGCUUCCGCGGAGUCGGGCGCCGCGCCUGCGCAGGCCUCCUCGACAAAGCCGUCGCCGGCGCCCUCCGUCGCCUCGGCGGUGGCCUCGACCGCCGUCGUUCCAGACACCAGCCCAUCGUGGGCGGGACCAAGUCAUGUUGGUGUCUCGGUGUUCGAGCCAUCAGGAGGGGGGGACUCGGGCCGGGUGUGUGGAAGCCUGCAGAACAACAACAACAGUGGGUCGCCUCAUCAGGAGACCUCUGCAACGACCCCUGUGCGCGACAAGCAGUCCAAGACGUGUUGCUUCUGCUGGUGCUGUUGCUGUAGUUGUUCUUGGAGAGGAUCGAGGCCAGUCUAUGCAAGCUUGCAGAAACCCGUCAAGCUUUCAAGCCUGGCCCUCAAAAGCAACAACGGCAAUGUUAGGUCACCACGGGACAACAACCAGAGGCUAACCACGGGUGACAGCAUCUUUAAUGGAGAUGGCGAGCCAUCCCCUACGUUGGAGGAAAUUCGGACAUGGGGGGACUCAUUUGAGAAGCUCAUGAAAUGUUCAGCUGGUCGCAAGGUGUUUAGGGACUUUUUGAAGUGCGAGUACAGUGAAGAGAACAUUCUGUUCUGGCUGGCUUGCGAGGACCUCAAGAAGGAGUCAAACCCGGAGCUGAUUGAGGAGAAAGCUCGCGCCAUCUAUGAAGACUACAUUUCCAUCCUGUCCCCUAAGGAGGUGAGCCUGGACUCUCGCGUGCGGGAGAUCAUAAACCGAAACAUGGUGGAGCCCACGCCGCACACCUUCGAUGAGGCACAGCUGCAGAUCUACACCCUCAUGCACCGCGACUCGUACCCGCGGUUCGUCAACUCCCCGCUGUUCCGAAAGCUGGCCCAGUUGCCUUCCCCGUCGCGCAAGGGCAGUGCUGCCUGAAGCCACGCCCGUCAUCCGCCGCUGCCACACGCCCCUCUCUUCGCCGAAGCCGAAGAAGACUCGGGAAACCCUCUCGGCUCAACAAGCUCAAUGGCGCGAGGCGGUCACCACGCGUACCUGAACACGAACUGCUACUAGCUCCCCUCUCUACAGCCUUCGUCUUCGUUGUCCCGAGCUCCGUGCUGUGCACUUCUUCACCUCUGUUUUGAAGAGGGCAUCAUCAUCGCUUGCCCGGACCAGAACAACAGCAGUAGCAGCAGCAAGUGUGACACCUACACUACACAGCGUGCCCCAAAUGCUCGGAAGAGACCACCUGCCGCCCUCUCUUGGGUUUUGUUCUGCCAGCAAUAAGGCUUCCUCACCCACCCGACGUCACCUUCCAUUUCGUAUACCACGCUCUGUGCGAGUGCUUCCGCAUAAAGCCCCACUCCCGCUGUUUCCCCACCUCCAUCGAUGCGGGCGCUGUUUUAUUGGCUGCCCCUGUGCAAGGCUGUUCGAGCCCCAAGUCCGGCAAAUGGCCGGCAAGCAAGCCGCGAUAGCCAGUUGACAAGACAUGCAAUGGACGCACCACAAACCGCCCCCUCCCGAACCACAACAGAGGCUGCCAUCUUCCAAGAGUCAGUGGCGCUGGCGCACGCGCGCUCGUGCUGUUUCCACAAGUGCAUAUCAUUUGCCGACAUGUCGGCAACGAUGGAACACAAGGGGACCGUGCUCGAGUGUAGUAGUGUAGCCUCUGGCAGAACUGGAGACCUGCCUGUUUCAUUUUCCUUUUCUGGUUUCCUCUCCUCGACUGCAUCAGGAACGCUGGGCAGGACAGCUGGACACUGGGGAGAGAGAGUGCCAUGGCGUUUAAUUCAGCUGCGCACAGUUUUAUGUGUGCCAGUGUCUGGCAGGCCCGGCUUUCAGACAGACGCUUGUGCCCGCACCUUGCCCCUCCCUUUUUGCACUUGUACUCGCUCUCGGUGGGACACCCCUCGCCCACUUACAGUUACUUUUUGUUUUAGUUGCAAGCUUUCCCCUGCCAGGGGAGGGCAAGGUUACUGUGCAAACCCAUUCCUUCUUUGGUUUCCUUUGUGUUCCUGCACAAGGUUUUGAUGGGACAGGUUGUUGUAGUGUGGUGUCUGGUGUAUGCAGUGACGUUUUUGUGUUUGUUCACUCAUUUUUUUCUAUCGUCUUUCAUAUCGUUUGUUUGUUUUGUUUUUCUUUGAAAACCUCAGACACGUGAUGGCGCCCCCUCAGGUUCAUCUUUCGGGCCACCCGCCACUUAUUGUUGAGUUUUCUCAGACAGAGGACUGUGCGUUUAAAUGUUCCGCGCGCUUCUGUGUGUAUGCGUGUGCUGCAUUGUUUUUUUGCAGUACAAGAGAGACGGCGGCAUGCUCCUACAUGCGUGCCACGCUAAAACCGACCCCCUUCCUUCCGAGUAUUUUGUGCCGUUUCUAACAUAGGCAGACACGCACAGCGCUUUUUGUGCGCUGGAACACUCCGACGGGCUCUCUCUCACGCACAUCUGGGGGGUUGGGGGGAGGUUUCAAGGUGGGACAUGUUGCAAGCCGACCUUCGUGCACUGUUCGACGAUUUGCGAUAGAAAGACUCGACAGGGCUCAGUGAACCCAGGCUCAGCUCCCAUCCAUCCUUUUCCUGUUAUCCCACAACCCAACCCACCUUGAAGCGUUUCAAACAUGGUACAACCCCCCUUCCCCCCACCCCAAACUUUGCUCAGGCUUUCCAUUUCCCACCUUCCUUCCCCCAAAACGACCAAUUUAUAAUGCAGAUUCAUCUACCUGCAAGUUGUGUGGCUCUCAGGCUCUCUGUCUUUCUUUCUUUUUUUUCCCUUCUGUUGCGGAGCAGAAGAUAUUUGAAGCCCUCUGCAGCAGAGCAAUGAGUGGGGCUAGUUGGUGAUGCUGCAUCUUAGUUGUGUGCUGCAGAUGACACUUGUGAACCAGAACCACAACACAUUGCGAGACUGUGCCUGUUGACCAAUUUCAUUUUCAGAAGUGAAAGUUAGUUCAAGCCAGACUUCCUGCUUUGCGUGCACUCUCUGCCAAUGUGAAUGGGAGUAUUUCCUAUGAGUUAAAAUAGCAAUUCUCGCGAACAUGCGAGUCUGAACUUUUACUCACGGCUACUUCUUACAUUGUUCUCCUGUUGAAGCAUUCCACUCAUGGAACAUUUUCCUCAUUACAAGUGCGUGUAAGGAAAAUUAUUGGUUUUGAACACAAGUCUAGCUGUGUUCCCUUUCAUAUUUGCAAAGAGUGUACAUGUUCAUGGCAAAUUUUUACUGGUACACUUAACACCCAGUUUUUCACAGGCAUUUAAGUUCAGAAUUGAAGGGAUAGACAGGAAGGACACAAAAGAGCACUGCCUUCAACAAAUGUUCUAUUGGAAAUGGGAAUGGUGUAUAUAUAUGCACAGACAGCAUACAUACAUGCACACAUGCAUGCAUGUGCCCAUAACUAUAAACCAUCUGUUGAAGUUAGAAAUCGUGUUCUGCGCAUCUCUGCAGUUUUGUAUUAAAACCUGCGAAACUGUUUUACCACCAAGGCUGAGCCUCUACCUUUGCCAUCUAGUAAGCUUGGCAUGCACACACGCGUGCACAGGAAGUGAAGUGCUUAUUUGGUUCGAAUUCCUUCCACUUCUGGAAGUAAAUGUACUUGGUAGUUGCACUCCUUGUGUCGUGGUUCACAUUUGACAUAGCGCCGACUGCAGUGCACAUUCAAGGCACAGCCCUCAGCUUUAUCACAUAGCCGCCUGAAAAUAGAAACAGCGGUGUUCAGUUUUCUCUCCUCAUGGGAGGUCUAUUGUGUACUCAAUGAACAAAGUGGUUCACUUUGUUGGUUCUCUUAUGUUGCCAUUUUGCAAUGUUUAAGUCAGUGCAAUAGAAGUAUCUCAGUGCGUAGAUUGUUGUUCAAUCGCUUCAGGAGGAAACUACCAAACGAGUCCUCGUAGCAAUGAAAGCAUGUGCCCCCAGACAGGGUGCAGAUUUCGUCCCAUCUCUGCUGGCACCUUCAGUGGAGUUGGUUUCUGGCAGGUCAUCAAACAAGCAUAGCUUUUCAAAUUAUUUGAGAAUGUGAUAACCAUUUCAAAGAUUUUCGCGCAUCUUAAGUUGCAUUAGUUUUAUUUCAGAAAGCGAUAGGCAUUUGAAAAAAAUUGUCGUAUAAGUCUUAUCUCCUAGUUUUCUCUUUUCUGUAAAUGCGAGUUGCCCACGUUGCCAAAAAAGCUUGGCCAGCAGUUUUGAAAGACUAACCUUCAGAGUAUUAAGCUGCUCUGUUACCGGUCGCCUUACGGGGAGAAAUAAUGGCCGUGUAAAUGACGAAAACGCAAAUCCACUGACAGAAAACAAAGCCCCUGGAACAAACUUACAGCUGUCGAGUGGUUGUGAGACUUUUUACAAGGCUUGUUCACGACUUCUGAACUCUGUCUUUUAUGCAGUGUCUGUAGAGAAGCGGGCACAUUUUGAAAUCCCCAGUUAACUCUAAACUGUUAACAGCAUAGAGGGGGUUGCUUCGAGCUUAUACGUUCCAAGACUGCUUACUUGGACGUGCCAUUGAAAGCUUUCCAAAUCCGCUACUACUGCUUUCCUUUAGCUGAAAGUAGCCUCACUGCAUGACUUUCACCCACACUGUGCAAAUGCCUGGCCUAAACGAAAGCUGAUAAGUCUCUCACAGGAGGCCUGUGUGGGAAUUCGUGAAUUAAUGUGUACUAAAUGUGGCAUCACGCCACGAUUCGGCCUUGUAUUUCACCUUUUAACAGCCAGACGUUUGCAUUUGCAGCACAAGUUCACCUCUAUUUCUGCUUACCUAUGUGGCUUUGAACGAUAAUUGUAGUGGUGAUUGGGAAAGAAUGGAAAUUUAAGGCUUAUGUUGUGCAGAGUCCUGUUCUGUUACAUAGAAAAGCUUACUUUUUUUGGGGGAGGCUAAACGUGUGUAACACUCCAGCCGAACCUUGUUUGACGAAAUACAGUUGACUGGCAAUAAUUCAAAAUUACAGUUAUAUGAUGCAAAUCUUUAAAUGUUACUUGGCCUGCUAUCUUUUUAGUGCACUUUGAGGCCGCUUAAAACCCACAAUGCCAAAUGUACCAUUUUUGGUACGCCGAGUUUAAUGCCCCGAAAUGCUGAUUUAAGUGUGGGAUACUUAAUGCAAGGCCAGUAGUAGUUUUUCUGAAAUGCUGAAGCGAAGUUUCAGCUUUCCACAGCUCAGCAAACCAAUUACUGAAGUAUUAAUUACCAUGCUCAUUAGUUCCAAGCUCAAGUAAAAUGUGUCGAAUGGCAUUUGGGCCUUGUAGGCCAAUUCAGACAUUAGUUAACCUAAACCUUUAGGCAUCCCUAAGCAGUAUGGCCUAAAGUUGCCAACAAGAGGUCAUUCGAAGGUGCGAACAGUAAAAACCGUGUUUUGUAUGCAAGCCUUAGUGUAGGUUCACAGAUGUCGCUGAGAUGAUGCCAAAGACAAAUGCUCAUUUGUGCCCCACGACACUCUGAAUGUGCGUUUGCAGGGGCUUUCUUAAUUAAUCUCCUUUCUCGCAAAGUUUCUGUUAACUUUACAUCCAAAUUAAUUUAGUUUGGAUAUCUGCAGGGUGACACAUAAAAUUACUGUAUGCAUACAUCUGUUUGUAAAAGCACAAUUAGUUGUGUUUUGUAUAUUGUACCAUACGUCAUUCAAUUUCAAAUAAUUCAAAGAAACAUCCAUGGUCACUGGGAGUUUGAAUUAAUGCAAGUCAACUGUACAUUGAUCACGCAAGUAUUUUCAUGCAUUUCACACAUAUGACCGCCCUUGCACAACUCUAGGCAGGCCUGGCUUCCUCUUCCAGAACACCCGUUCCCCUCGCCGUUAGCGUUACACAACCGCCAUUUCCUUGACUUCCUGGUGAGCCAGUAUUGUCCUUCUGUAAACUAUAUUCUUGUUUUUGUUUGUUUGUUAGCAAGGUGCUAGUUAUACAAGGUUUUUUGUUCUCUUACGAGGCGAUGCAGGUACUAUCUCGGGAGGCUUCUGUUGUUUUGAUCGCAAGUGUAGGAUGUUCUAGUCAAGCAAUGGAUGCCUGUUUAGCAACUGCUGAGCAAGCGUUCUUGCCCUUCAAGGUGAACUGUGACAUUCCUCCGACUUCCUGGAAGUGAAACGAGAUAUUGUCAAAGGAAUCACCAUGCAAAGAGAUGUAAGCUUAAGUUUGUUCACAAGGCGCUUCACAACCUCCCCCCACUGUAACAAACGUGGGAAGUGAUGUGUAUGUUUGUUUGUUUUGUCGCAUACGCACAUUGGCCUUUACUUAAAACUGUGUUCUUGAGUCUGGCUUGUACAAUAUUGAAGCCGGACUUCACGCCAAUGAAUGUAUUCCAGCGCCGGUGGUAUGCACAGAUGUCGUAGGUUAAUUUGUUCCUUUCUUUCGUUUCUCUCUCUCUCUCUCUCUCUGGCCAUCACAUUUGCAGUCAACAUCUGAACCAAACUGUAAACCCAGCCAUCGCUGUUUUUGCAAGCUGAUCGAGAUUGCAAGCAAAUAUGUGACAGGUUUCUCAUUUUGUUCUAUCACUGUUAUGAUGCACAAUGCCAAAUGCCAUGCUGCCGUCACCACAGUUGGUGUAGAAGCGAUAUCGGUUAUUAGUUGUGUUCUGACCACGCACAGUAUGACCAUGAUUUGGGCUUCUUUGUAUCAUGCUUGUGAAUGUCUCUCUCCUACACUGCAAGGCUGGUGUUUAAAAAAACAAACAUAAAAACAGCAGAGCAAGACUGUAUAUAUAAGAAUAUGCAGGGAGCACACUGAACAACGCAAACAUGACAGUGGUAUGUUACAAUAGGUUAGCCAUGCCGGGCACAGUGCAGAAUAAACUCCUAUACGUGCUCCUGUUACAACCAACUCUCAAGGGACCUUUUAUGAAAGAUGUUUUGCAGGCUCUCUAGUCAUAGAGUGGGCUUCCAAAUGGUCAAGGAAAAUGAAGGGCUUUUUCUAAAUUUGUGUAGAAGAGAGCAAUGUGUACUGUGGCAGGCAGAGCCAUCACAAAGCCCUUCACACAGGCCAUCACACCAAGGCGUAUUGUGAAGACUUCCAUAAAGCUUUAUCAACUCUGCCUUGCUUGAACAAAGUGUGAGAGAACACAACAAGAGAGAUGUGAUGUCCUGUUGCGCCGCUUAAUCACAAUACAGCUCUUGCAAUUGAUGCAGUGGCCUGCGCACUUUGUGAAGGCCUUCAGGGAAAGGUCUUAGGAAGGCACUUUCUUUCACAGAGACCUUUCCAUUAGGCCUUACAAUGAUAGAUUGAUAAGGCGAUCACUAGGCCUUACAACUUUGCCUUAAGGAGGCCCUCACAGAGGCCAUGUGACAUCACGAGAAGCCAUUGUGGAGUGUGCAGACCGCUGCAGUGUUGGCAAGAGCUGCACCGUGAUUGAGCAGUGCCGAGAUGACACCACACAGGACGACACACACGUGCACAUACCAUUGUUUGUUCUCUAUUCUUGUGUAGUGUUCUCUUGAACUUCGUUUAAUCACAGAACUGUCACCAAAUAGUCCAACGGGAUGCUGUUUUUGAAGAGCUGUUCCUUGGUCCAAUAGUUGCAUGCCACUCAUGAUGUUUCAAAGCCAUGGAGGGCAAAGCCAGAGGGUGCCUCUCCCUCUAAAUAGGUGUUAAGGUAUUCAGCUUUUAAUUCAAGUCCCAGUGCUUACAAGUGCUGCACAGCUUCUAGUAAAUUUCAGUUACACCUGUUGUAGCCUGUAUGAUUUCAGCAGGAUGAGCAAGGGUGUGCGGAAAUGAGGGACUCUCCUCGCAUUGCACACAGUAUCUGGACGCUGCUUUUGCAUUGUCAAGGAGCAGGGUAGUAUUUAACGUGAUGUUGUGAUCAGGAGAGAAAACAGCAUCCCUUCUCCAAAAAUAAUGACCAGCCACUUCUAAGAAUUCCUAGCGUUUCUCUUUUUUUGCUAUUGGUGGCAGAUACCACCAUAUUAGCUGAAGUGACACAAUACAAGUUAGCCAGUGUGACGAGCUGUCUCCCUGCUGUGUAUAUUUCAACUAUAUGGCAGUGAUCUUGCCCAAGCAACAUUGACUGAAAUGAAGAGUUGUGAAUGAUGCAGAUUUCGUGUUCUUAAUAUGAACUAACUUGACAGCAAAGGCACCAUAUCUGGCACUGGCAGUUUCCUUGCCGUUUGGAAGCCCCUCCUUUUCUUCCCUUUUUUUUCUCUGGCCAAUGAGCUUUCCACUUUUUUUUAGUUAGGGUUAUACCCCACGCCUGCUCUAUCGAGCAGCUAGAAGGAUCAAGUCUUUUACAGAGAUAGUGUCUUUUUGGCACCUCACGACCGCUGUAGCUGACGAAGCCCUGGUAGUCAAUGGGCCUUAAGAAAUUUGGAAAGGCUGGUCAAGAGAACAAUCUUGCCGCACUGUAUUCGAUGAAAUGCUCGCAUAGGCUUAGGUGAAAAAAAAAAAAAAAAUAUGCGGCACUGCUUUGCGUGCAGCGCGCCUCAAGAAUGCGCGCAACGUCUCUGCAAAAACAAAAAUUCAAUAGUCCCUUGCAGCAGUAUUGCAACCGUCUACUGGCGGUUAUCCACGAAGCGCUCGACGUUGUUGCGAAGAUAACCCCAGCAUAUUGAAAAUCCAAAGGAUGUUAAUAAAUGUUCCUUACAAUGGUUUUUCCUA